CAACAACAGCGCUUUGGCUUGUCCACCAUCACCACCAUCAAGUAUCAAAGGACGUCGCAAUCGCUCAUCGCUACAAAGAGAGGCAAAUAGGUCAAGGCAAUUCACGAGUCGUUUGCAAAGAAGCGCAACUACCACCGAAAAUACCAGUGACAGUGAUCUACUAGGGAGGAGACGCGGACGAGGCUUUCGAAGACAGACGACAAGUUUACCUGUGGAUCACGGAUUAAAAGCAAUCGAGCCGCCGCAUGAGCAAGCACUCACCAAGAUGGCGUUUGCAGAGCAGCAGAAAUGGAUCACAGUCCAGCAAAAGACAUUCACAAAAUGGCUGAACACCAAGAUCGAACCACGAGAACUAGCAGUCGUGGAUCUUGUAAAAGAUCUGAGCGAUGGAGUUAUUCUUAUCCACCUCCUCGAAUGCCUCUCGAACGAGUCCCUCGGCCGCUAUGCAGCGAAGCCAAAGUUACGAGUGCAGCGAUUUGAGAAUGCCAAUCUAUCUUUGGACUUCAUAAAGUCGAGGGGUAUUCAGAUGACGAACAUUGGAGCAGAGGAUGUCGUGGAUGGUAACCGGAAGAUCAUAUUGGGUCUCAUCUGGACCCUAAUCUUGCGAUUCACCAUUUCCGAUAUCAAUGAGGAGGGCAUGACUGCAAAAGAGGGUCUGCUACUCUGGUGUCAAAGGAAAACAGCUUGCUACGAGGAGGUCGAUGUACGAAACUUCACAGACAGCUGGAAUGACGGCCUCGCGUUCUGCGCCUUGUUGGAUAUUCAUCGUCCGGAUCUAAUCGAUUACGAUGCUUUGGAUAAAAACGACCACCGUGGUAACAUGCAAUUGGCUUUUGACAUCGCUAGCAAGGAGAUCGGUAUACCUGAUUUAUUGGAUGUGGAGGAUGUGUGCGAUGUUGCUAAGCCCGACGAACGAAGUUUGAUGACAUACAUAGCCUAUUGGUUUCACGCAUUCUCGCAGAUGGAGAAAGUUGAGAAUGCAGGACGGAGGGUGGAGAAGUUCGUCAACAACAUGCAGGGUGCUUGGGAGAUGCAGAGCGCAUAUGAGAGAAGGAUGCGAGCUCUGUUGAAGAAUGUUCAGGAGCAGGUUGUAUUCUGGCAACAAGCAAAGUUCGAAGGAACUUAUGUUGAUGCGAAAAGGCAAGCAACGGAAUUCAGUGCCUACAAGAGGGGGAAGAAAAGGGAAUGGGUUGCAGAGAAGAGCGAUUUGGCUGCACUGCUCGGGAAUAUCAAGACGAAAAUGAGCACUUACCGGUUGAGACCAUACGAGCCUCCAGCGGAGUUGAGGCUAUCCGUUUUGGACGACGAGUGGUCGAAGUUAAUGAAGUCGGAGAUGGCUAGAGGUCAGCUCAUCAACGAGACAAUCAGAGAUAUCAAAAAUGCUCUUCGCAAGUCUUUUGCAGACAAGGCCAAUGACUUUGCGCUCGCUCUUAAUACUAUGCAAUUAGCAAUCUCCGGGCUCGAAGGCGAUGUUGAGGACCAAUUGACCCAUGUUCGCCGAUUGAAUGAGAACCUGGAACCUAUGAAUCAAUAUCUUAAGAAGAUCGAGGAAGUUGAUCAAAAGUGCGAGGAAGCGAACAUCGAAGAGAACGAUUUCACAACUUAUACUUACGAUGAAUUAUGUUACGAACUUAGCCUGGUCAAGAAUUCAGUCUCCAAAAAACUCGCGUUCCUGGACAACCAAGUUGUGGCACGGAACAUGACCAAUUUGACCCCGAUCCAACUCGAGGAGUUCGAAAGUGUGUUCCGUCACUUUGACCGUGAUGUCACCAACAGCCUCCAGGAACUGGAAUUUAGUGCUGCUCUUGCCUCACUUGGCCUUGUCUUCAGUGAAGAUGAAAUGCAUGAGUAUUUCAUCGAAACGUCGAAUGGCAAGGACUAUGUGACCUUUGAGCAGUUCAUUCGUUUUAUGGUCGAUGUUACCGAGGACCAGAACACUGCUGAGCAGGUCUUCCAGAGUUUCCGCGAGGUAGCCGAUGGCAAGCCGUACGUUACGGAGAUGGAUCUGCGCCACAGUCUUGUUCCGGACGAUGUCAUUGACAAGCUUACGAAAUUUGUACCUCUUCACAAGGGCCCUGACUUGCAAGAGGAUAGAGGCAUGCCACAGUAUGACUACAUCAGCUUCAUGGAUGGCUUGAUCAGCGAUCCAAACGAAGGCCCCGAGGAGAGUGGUGCUCUUGCAGAUCUUCCAAACGGAAGAAGUCCGCAGAGAGCCAGUGCGGCAGGAAGCAAGACGAACGGAAUUCAUUGAGCGUAAGUAUACAUGCAUAGGAUUGGGAGUUUUUUGAUUUGGCAGUGAAGGCAAAGGUCGGUGCAUGGUUCGAGGAAAAUGUACAGUAGCGAGAUGGAGCUCGUAUGGUGUUUUCCUUGGAUGGGUUAUUAUGGAAUUAGCAUGCAAUCAAGGCGAAGGUGGGUGACGAACAUGGAUUAUUUACAGUUUGUUCCUUCAGAGGCUGAUGGUAGAUAAGAGUCGCGAUGGAUUGGAGGAUGAUACCAUUACUAUAGAAUAGUACAAACG